AUGGCCCUUCAAGCACCUUCUCCUUGGCGGCCGCCGCCAGAGUGGGAGACACACCUGCCCACGAGCCUGGAACGUUCUUCAACCUUGACCAAAGUCGUCCCCUCGUCCGAAUCGUCGUCGUCCAGCUCGUCGCGCCAGUCCUCUCCUCUCGGCUCGGCCCGCACCCUGUCGCACCUCUUCUCGCCGAACGGCUCGGUCGGCUCGUUCUUCUCGACCAUCUCGUCCCUCGCGUCGUCGUCGCCGUCAACGCCCUCAGACGAGGACUCGCCCGACGCGACCAAAUCGGCCCCCAGCCGCCUCCCGACCCGUCACCCGAAAGGGCCGGCCAUGUUCGUCCGCCGCUCGACGAGCGCGGUCGCGACGCUCCCGAACCUGUCGUCGAGAGCUCAGCAGGAGCAGGGCAACCAGCGGGACCGCGAGGCGCAGCAGCGCAAGCGCGCGUCGGCGCCGCCGGGCCACCUGGCAGCGUCGGCGGCCACGGCGGGCUUGACGACCAGCACGAUGGGAGGCGAGCUGUCAAACUGGAUGGACGCGGUCGCGCUCGUGGGCAGGCAGGUGCAGGCGAGCAAGGACGAACACGAGCCGGGCGGGACCUGA